AACAGUUAUUUUAUGUCAUCACCAGGCCUUCACUGCUCUGGGCUAACUUUUUCAAAGAGAAAGAAACAAAGAUACCACACCAAAGAUUCCGGCAGUGCUGUCGAGGCUAAAGGUUGGAACCUGGGUUACACAUGACAAAGCAAGUGCUUUCCCAAAUGAGCUAUCUCUUUUGCUCAAUAAUAGUCUUGUAGAACAAUAUAUCCUUAAUAAAAAUAAAUAAAUAAAAUAGGGCCGAGCAAUGGUGCACAAGGUUGAGAACAUGUUACCAUUCUCAAACCCCUGGUCCUCACCUGCAGAAAGGAAGUUCUACAAGUGGUGAAGCAUUGCUACAGGCCUCUUUCUUUCUUUAUGCCUAUCUCUCUCCCACUUCCCUUUCAGUUUCUCUCUAUCCUAUCAAACUAAAAAGAAAAAAAAAAAAGGAAAAAAUGGCUGCUGGGAGCAGUAGAUUCAUUGUGCAGACACAGGGCCCCACAGAUAAACCUGGUGAAAAAAAAUAAUGAGUACGUUAAAUAAAGUAAAGUAAAAAUAAAUUCUUGGUUAAGUAUGCAAGAUUUACCAUGAAACAUCUAUGUUACCAAUCACUUCAUUUUUGAGGGGUAUAUAGCUAAGCUCUUCACAUAUGCUCAUUUUCUCUUAACAGGUAAUAUGUGGUCACAGAUGAUGGAAACUGACAAUAUAAGUUCCUUUGAAGGCUUCAUCCUUGUGGGUUUCUCAGAUCGUCCCCACCUAGAGCUGAUUCUCUUUGUUGUUAUCCUCACCUUUUAUCUGCUGACUCUUUUUGGCAACAUGACCAUUGUUUUGCUUUCUGCUUUGGAUUCCCGGCUGCAUACACCGAUGUACUUCUUUUUGGCCAACCUCUCAUUCCUAGACAUGUGUUUCACCACAAGCUCCAUCCCUCAGAUGCUCUACAACCUAUGGGGCCCAGAUAAGACCAUCAGCUAUCUGGGGUGUGCCAUUCAGCUUUAUUUUGUCCUUGCACUAGGAGGGGUGGAAUGUGUCCUCUUGGCAGUCAUGGCAUAUGACCGCUAUGUUGCAGUCUGCAAGCCCCUACAUUACACUGUCAUUAUGCACCCACGUCUCUGUGGGCAGUUGGCAACAGUGGCAUGGUUAAGUGGCUUUGGAAAUUCUCUUAUAAUGGCUCCUCAGACAUUGUUGCUGCCACGUUGUGGGCACAGGAGAGUGGACCACUUUCUCUGUGAGAUGCCGGCACUGAUUGGCAUGGCCUGUGUAGAUACCAUGGACCUUGAAGCACUGGCCUUUGCCUUGGCGAUCUUUAUCAUCCUGGCACCGCUUAUCCUCAUCCUCGCCUCUUAUGGUUACAUUGCACGAGCUGUGUUUAGGAUUAAGUCAGCUUCUGGGAGAAAAAAAGCCUUCAAUACCUGCAGCUCCCAUCUAAUUGUUGUCUCCCUCUUUUAUGGUACAAUCAUAUAUAUGUACCUUCAACCUGCAAACACUUAUUCCCAAGACCAGGGCAAAUUUCUUACUAUUUUUUAUACAAUUGUCACUCCCAGUGUUAAUCCCCUUAUCUAUACAUUGAGAAACAAAGAUGUUAAAGAGGCUAUGAGGAAGGUGCUAGGAAAGGGAAGUGCAGAAGUCUAG